AAAAUAACUGAAGCACAACUUCAAUCGUGGUUGACGACCAUGGGGAAGAAAAAGAUGUAUAAACAGUUGGUGUUCUAUGUCGAGGCAUGUGAAGCUGGCAGUUUGUUCGCGGGGAGUCCUCCUAUUCCGGGCCAAUAUUACGUCACAGCUUCCAAUGCACAGGAGUCAAGUAUUGGAACGUACUGUUUUCCA